AUGUUUCGCAAUGCACUGGAUCAACCAGACCUACGAAGCAAGUCGAUAGGGACAGCAUUGUCAGCUCAAGAAAUCAAAUUAGUUUUGGAUACCUUCCUUUUUAAUAAUAGAAACGUGGAGACUAUGCUUGAUAGAGAUGUUGUUCCAUUGCUUUUUUCAUUCAUCGCUAAAGGAAAAGUCACUGAAAAAGAGAAAGCUUUCAAAUCACUUCUGGUCAUUUCAAGUAAGAGCUCCAGAGGCAAAGGACAGAUCAUAUCGCACCUGCGCGCAAAUUAUGGCAAACCUGGGAUUCAAGAAGCAGCGAAACGGCUCGGGUUAGAGCAAAAGAGGCCCCAAACGACACAAGGUAACCUCUUAUUUUACACAUUUUUGACAGUGCUUGACAGCAAAAUUGUCAGAAAAAAUCACAUUUUUUUUAUACUGCAUCCCAGGGACUAGCACCAUGUAUGAACAUAUGUGACACCCUUACAAGAUUUUUGCCUACCCCCUAUACGGUAAAGAGUCCACUAGAUAUGGUAUACCAUAAACUUGUUUGCAAUUAUUUUGACUGCAUGUUUGUCGGAGACGUGUAGAGGUCGUGAGAAUGGUCCUUAUAUUUUGUAGGUGUCAGUAAGAUACAGAGGCGAUCAGGGUGUGACUACCAGGAAAGAUGUCGCAGGUUUAAGUUAUCACUUGAACUGUCAGGUACGACUCGACUUAACAGCUUAAGGAAAUUGCUGGACACUCCAUAUUAUAUUUCUAGGCUAACAAUGUGAUGCAAUUACUUGCUCAAAGCAAUUAUUGAGAUGAAUGCUAUUAAUAUUUAAUUUACGCGUCAUGUAUUUUUAAAAGUACCAAGAUAAAGAGUAAAAACAAACGUGUUGCAAUUCAAGGCGAAAUGAGAGGUAUCUAGUAAUGGUUUAGGUAUUGAUUAAUAUUUGUUUCAAAUUUUCCCAGAUGUUUUCUUUGACCAAAACUACGAUAGAUGUUACUGUAUGAAAUGUCACGACGCCCGAGGCGACAGUCUUUAUUACAGUCGAGGAAAACCGCCAAAGACCUAUGGUCUUCCCGUAGGAUGGUGUCGAUUUGGACUUAAGUAAGACAAAAACGCUUUUUGUAAGCUGGAACAUUUUAUGUAACAUCAUAAAGCUGAGUAGAUAUUUUCGUGAAGGAAACUUUAUUUAUUUGACUGGUUAUAUUAUAGCGUUCUUCACGAAGCCUAGACUGAGAGCUUUCGCUUCAUCGUUCUCGGACUUUAGGAGGUUAUUUAACAAUUAUUCCUCUCGCCCUCAUGGCCUCUGAGUCAAUAGCCCAUGAAGCCGAAGGCCGAAUGGGCUAUUGACUCAGAGGCCAUGAGGGCGAGAGGAAUAAUUGCUUUAGUAAAAUCCAACUGGUUGGUCAUAAAUAUCGAGACAAAACAACUGUAGCUAGAAAAACGCGAUUCAGCCGCCAUUGUUUUGGUUUUCAAAGCGGGCGCUUUUCGCUAUUAGUGGGCUAUAACGUAUAGCCUAGUAGUAGCUCAACCAAUCAGAACGCAGCAUUGACAAUAGACCACUAGUUGGAUUUUACCAGUAUGGUUUAUUCGAGUAAUACGGAUAUGCCACCUGGAUACCGCACAACUUUCAGAAAUAACGGUGUUCAUUCAGUUAUGAAAGCAAGCCUUUAUUAGCUUAUAAUUGCUGCCUAGAUGAAGGGAUACUUCUAAGGCAAAAGUGUAGCAUAGACAAAAUCAAUUACCUUUUCCGUACAUAAUUGUUGUUUUUAGGGUCCACCACAAUGUGUUCAAUAACUGGCACGCAGCAUUCCAUGGCACAAGAGUUGAUAGUGUCAAGGCAAUUUUGGAAUGCGGUGAUCUUCUUAUACCAGGUGUGUCUUUGGGUGCCCAAAUGCAAAGCCCCCAUGGCUAAUCAUCACUGUUUAUGUACGUGCUUCAAUGCAUAUGUUGUAGUUAUCUCAGUGGAUUUUUAUUUUUCCAUUGUUUUUGGCUAUGGUAGUGUUGCUAGUAAAUUUGAAACAAAGGAAAAAUAAAAAUUAACUGAAAUAAUAAUAAUAAAAAAUUAAAUGCAACAUAUACAUGUAUGUGCUGUGGUUUGUUUAUCAAAGAUAUAAUUUUGGUGAGCGUAACACUAGACUACAGCAAGGAAAUUCGAGGCCUCUUUUGCGUCUUCGUUUUUAUUGUAUCCUGAGCAAGAUGAGAUAACUCUAAACUCUUAGCCAUUUUGUAUUGUCAUAGCCUGCAAACCAGCUUAGAAAUCGCCAGAGUCUUAAUUCAUCUGUGUUCAAGCCGCCAAUACCCAUGGCGUGUACAUCUCGCGAUCCUGAAAUAAAGAGCUUUCUCUUAAGCUAGUAUUGUAAUUUUUUAAAAAAAGCCAUCAUUGCAAUGGAUUUUGUGUCUUCGCGCUAACCCCGGUCGAUUUUUACGUAGGAGAUGUAGCGCUUGGAGGAAGAAAGCUUAACGAGGAGGAAGGACAUUUCAAUGACAAGAGAAAACCUUCAGGAUUUGAUACAAAGCAAAUCUUCGUCUCACCGAGUAUACGCUACUCAGGACGUAACACCUACGCGAAACCCAAACGGUGAACCUUUUUUGACUUUUUGUACUUGUUUUGCGUCAGGUCCUUGUUUAUAUCUUCGUUUGCAGUUGUUAUUUUACGUGCUCUUGUUCUGCAUACAAUAUUUAUAUAGUCACAUGUACCCUAUUGGUUAUCGAGAGGAGGCUAAUUGACUAAUUUUUAAAGAUACGAGCAAUAUACCAACGAUUGUAUGGUAUAUCUGCGUAGAAACGAGGUUGAUGGAAGGUAUAUUUCAUGACCACGAGGCUGUUUGGGCAAUAAUGAACUAAAAACUGGUGUUAAUGUCUAUGUGAAGACGAAAUAGCUUAAUUUCUGACUAAAACUGAAUGGACGAAGUGCAAGAAUUCGCAAAACAUAUUGCUUGAUUGACGCUAUUUUCUAUUUGAGGAGUAUCUGCAAGAAAAAAUCAUAUGUUUAUAUUCUGAAAACUUGCCGAGAAAUAUAAUAGGCCAAAGUUUUGCAGAAAUACCACGAGGAGGUAGGCCUGUUAGAGUUGAGGAAUAUUUUGAAUGAAGAAUAAUACAAUUUUUCAAUUCGGCAUUCGUGCAAUGAAGAAUUAUGCUGAUCUUGGAGGCUGUUAGCCACUUAGGACGAUAGCAUUCUCCUCGAUCGGUUCAUCAUACUCAGCCUCUUUCAAUAACACAAGGGUAGAUGACUUGAAUUUCCUGAAUUCCAGUAUCAGACUAAAUAUCUUUACAAUCAUUUAUUAUUAGUAGCAGUCUUUUACGUACCAAUUUACAACAUUCUAUUGAAACCAAUUGAAACCCGGAAUCUUGAUUAUAGGGAAGAUUCAAAUUAUUGCCAUGACGUCAUCCUAAUUGAACACCGCAGAUAGUUGUUUUAGAAGGACAUUCAGGUGCUUAAUUUUAUUGCCUUGAAAUUGCUAAUUUUUAAUCUUUUUUCUUUUUUUUAGCUGUUUAGUUUUCUGGACCCUGUGACGAAGAAGGCCUUAAAUGCCAAGGUUGUUCUUCAACUGUAUAUCAACCCAGAUAGCUAUCAGGUUGGACCACAGACAAUUGCUGCUACCUCUGAGAUUGACCCUAAGUUUAGCAACCAGGAGAUUGAAUGGUUUACAAAGGAACGUGGAUCCAUUAUUCUUUACGGACUGCUUGUUAAACUUGAUGAAGCUGAUUAA